AUGAAUCCUCCGGUUCCAUCACCGGCAGUAUCCCUCAUUGACGUCCUCGUUGUAGGUGCUGGACCAGCGGGUCUUACCACCGCGCUCGGUCUUACAAGGGCGGGAAUCAAAGUUAGAAUUGUCGAUAUCAGAGCACAGAGAGUUUUGGCAGGCCAUGCGGAUGGAGUCUUGCCUCGAACCAUCGAGAUUCUCGACAGCUAUGGUAUUAGUAAUGAACUUCUCAGAAAAGGUCACUAUGUGAACGCAUUCAGCAACUACAACCAUGACCCUCCCACUGGUGGUAUCAAGGUGGGCAUCGUCUCCUUUUAUUACCUGCGAUAUGCUGGCAAAUUUCCGGCGAUAACUGAGCCUACCGCACGGUAUAAGCACGCUGUAACUCAUCAUCAGGGAUUCAUAGAAGGUUUGUUUCUGUCCGGUCUGAAGGAUGCCGGCGUACUGGUCGAGCGGCCGUGCGAACCUGUGAGCUUGGAACUGUCCUCCAAUGAGGAUGAGCUGAAAGAUCCCACAUCAUACCCCGUCAAAAUUACACUGGAGCAUCACUCAGCCGCUCCGGGAAUGCAUUCUUCCGAAACGGUCUGCGCCAGAUUCCUUGUUGGCGCAGAUGGGGCGCACUCCUGGGUCCGUCGUACGCUUGGUAUUCCAAUGGAGGGCGACAGCACCGACCGAGUUUGGGGAGCGAUUGACUUCACACCCUUGCUGUCAAGCAACUUCCCUGACUGGCGGAACGUUGCGACGGUCAACGCUGCUGACGGUGGCCUCAUGAUUAUUCCUCGCGAGGACAACAAAGUCCGAUUGUACAUCGAGCUCAGCAAUGUCAAUGAGUUCGAACACGACGAACGCGGACGACUAGAUACCAGCACGAUCACUGCAGAUAAGCUACUCGACAUCGCGAGGCAUGUGCUUAAGCCGUACACCCUUGAAACUACACUGGACAAGGUUGAGUGGUGGACUGUCUAUGUCGUUGGCCAAAGAGUUGCAGCCAGAUUCUGCGAUCAGGGGAGAGCAUUCAUUACAGGUGACGCCUGUCAUACCCAUUCGCCAAAGGGUGGACAGGGCAUGAACGCUAGCGUUAAUGAUGGACACAACCUCGCGUGGAAGCUCGCUUAUGUUGUCAAAGGCUGGAGUCCGAUGGCGCUGCUUGACACCUACGAAGCAGAACGACGCACAUUUGCUCAAGAGCUCAUCGCCUUCGACAAAUGGUUUGCCGAAGGCUUCAGCGCCAAAGCGCGCGCCAAGCUGGUAGAGGAUGGUUCCGACGUCGUGCUGCCCGGUCCGCUCGAGGCAUUUGGCACGUUCAGCGGGCUCACCACUGGCCUCGGCAUCCAGUAUGCACCCUCAAUCAUCACGUCGCAGGUCUCUCAUGCGGCGAACGGCGUCAAAACUGAGAUCUCGCCCUUCACAUUGACAGUCGGCAAACGCGUCCCGCCCUACGCCUUCGUCCGCGUUGCGGAUUGCCGCCCAAUUAACCUCCAGGACGCGUUACCAUCCGACGGCCUCACCAAGCUCAUCGUCUUCGCCGGGCCGCUCACCAGCCUGGAGGAGAAGAACAGACUGGUGGAGGUCGAGAGGGCACUGCGGAACAUCCUUGACGCGUUCGGCGCGGACAGAUUCCUGCUCCUCGUCAUACUCUCUGUCAUAAGCGACGAUAUGAACUACAUGGACGUUCCGGUGGGGUUGCGAAAGGAUUGGACCAGUGUCUUGGUGGACGCCGUUUCAGCAUUCUCGAAAGACUCUGGAGGGGCAUACACUGCAUUUGGUGUACCGGCCGCUGGACAGCUUGUGGUUGUCCGUCCAGACGGGUAUAUUGGUACAAUUGUCGAACUGAGUGAGAUGCAGAGGCUAGGCGAGUACCUGAGAGGAUGGAUGCUUUAA